AUGCGUGAAACUACUAAUAUCUGUGUACAUGGCAAGUGGAAUGGGGAGAACGAAACAUGCACAUGUGAAGCCGGAUGGAUCAGCGACACGCAGCAAGAUGCUCUCGCCCCGUUUUUUAUAUGGUGCAAUUUUACUGACCCGUUUGUCCGAUAUCCCCCUGAAAGGGGUCUGUCAGGCAAAGCUAUUAGCUCUUUGGGUUCCAGGCUUCCUGUUUGGUCUCUUGCUGUUCUUGUACUUAUUCCUAUAGUUGUCAUCAUCAUUGCUUGUUUUUGCUGCUGUUGCCGUCGCUGUUUUAAACCGAGCGCUGCUGCCCAGCCAACUCUGCAACAGCAGCAGGGAAUGGUAAACAUGCCUGUGCAAUCCCCUCAGCUAACAUUUGGUUCCGUUUUGGACGCCCCUAUGUACGUAAUGCCCGCGCCAAUGUACCCCGACGCCACGCGCCAUUUGCCGGUGGUUUCGCCGCAUCACUAUACCUUCGCUGGACUUGGGCCGGCGUACUUUUAUGAGGAUCCAUAUGCCGUACAGUUUAAACAGCCGACGGAGUCGCAGCAUGCGACUGGCAACUGGCAGCCCCUCAUGGGCCAACAAGAGCUGGUGCCUGAGAAAGCGGACAGUGACGGUGCCAGUGGGGUGGAUCGAAGUUCUUUUGCCUCGAUGAGCUUUCCUCUUGCCGCGGAAAGACCAUUACAGGGUUCCUCCGUGCUCUCAGUAAGGAAUGAAUAA